AUGGCGGUGGCUCUGGAUGAAGUGUGGGGGCGGGUGAAGAAUGUCUGCAAGCAGAACGGACUGCUCAUCCUGUCCGUGCUGGCCGUGGUCAUUGGCUGCCUGCUUGGCUUCUUCCUCAGAGGCAAGCAGCUCUCCGAGCAGGAGGUGAAGUACUUCGGGUUUCCUGGAGAGCUGCUAAUGAGGAUGUUGAAAAUGUUGAUUUUGCCCCUCGUCGUAUCCAGUUUGAUGUCAGGACUGGCCGCCUUGGACGCCAAGUGCUCCAGUCGCCUGGGCAUCAUGACCAUCUCCUACUACCUCUGGACCACCUUUGUUGCCGUGGUAGUGGGCAUCGUCAUGGUGUACAUCAUCCACCCGGGUGGAGCCGCUCAGAAGGAGGACUCUGGGGAAAGCAAGAAGCCGAUGACCAGCUCUGCUGACGCUCUGCUGGAUCUCAUCCGCAACAUGUUUCCAGCCAACCUGGUUCAAGCUACUUUUCAACAGUAUCGAACCCAGAGAGUCCCCGAGCUCAUCCCCAAACCAACGGUGGCUCAGCUCCUGGACGAGAGCACCACACGCAGGAUCUACAUCUACGGCAUCCAGGACGACAACGGCACGGACAUCCAGAACUUCUCCCUGGAUCUCACGCCGCCGCCUGACGUCAUCAUGAAAACAUCGCCUGGCACCAGUGAAGGCAUGAAUGUGCUGGGAAUUGUAAUUUUUUCUGCUACCAUGGGCAUAAUGUUAGGAAGAAUGGGACCCAAUGGAAGCGCUUUGGUCAACUUCUGCCAGAGUGUGAAUGAGGCCGUUUUGAAGAUUGUCGCCAUUGUCAUCUGGUAUUUCCCCUUCGGGAUCGUGUUCCUGGUUGCCGGUAAGAUCUUGGAAAUGGACGACCCUUCAGCCAUGGGGAAGAAGCUGGGCUUUUACGCCAUCACGGUGGUAAUGGGCUUGGUGCUACACGGUUUAUUCAUCCUACCAGCCAUGUACUUCUUCAUCACUAAGAAGAGCCCCAUCGUCUACAUCAGAGGCAUUUUGCAGGCCUUGCUCAUCUCCUUGGCCACCUCCUCCAGCUCUGCCACUCUGCCUAUCACCUUCAAGUGCCUCCUUGAGAACAACCACAUCGACAGACGCAUCAUCCGCUUCGUGCUGCCUGUCGGGGCCACCAUCAACAUGGACGGCACCGCACUCUACGAGGCCGUGGCGGCCAUCUUCAUCGCCCAAGUGAAUAAUUAUGAGCUCGACUUUGGACAGAUCAUCACGAUCAGCAUCACGGCCACUGCAGCCAGUAUCGGUGCAGCGGGAAUCCCACAGGCUGGACUCGUAACCAUGGUGAUCGUGCUGACAUCUGUGGGUCUACCGACGGAUGACAUCACUCUCAUCAUUGCUGUUGAUUGGGCUUUGGAUCGAUUCAGGACCAUGGUCAAUGUGAUGGGUGACGCCCUGGCCACGGGCAUUAUGGCUCAUAUCUGCAGAAAAGAUUUUGUCAAAGAAGGGGAGCAGGUGCCUCUGAUUUGUGAAACUAAGCCCAUGAUAAGCAUCCAGCAGAUGAUGACCUACCAGAACCAGAAGAACGGCUGCUACCAGCCGCCCCCGCCGGGCAGCAAGCAGGACCACCGAGCCCCGGACGUGGCUCGCCUGAUGCAGCUGGAGGAGGGCAUCCGGCCGGAGAAGAGGAAACACGCUCACUCCUCUCACCACAAGAGAGGAGAGCACAGGGACAAGGACCACACUUCCAUUGAUAUGAACGGGCUGGAGACUAACGUAUAAAAAGCAGCUGCCCUGCCAGCAAGCUACUGGCACGUCCACAGCUGCAGGACUGGCAGGAGAGGAAGACAAAUUAAAGAUUGAGGUGACUAAGUUCACACGCUUUUCCCCUCCGAGAAGGAGAGCAGCCCAGGGUGGAUGAACGCAGAUGACCCUGGAGGAAAAAAAAAAGACGAUUUUUGUUUUUCUACAUAACCUAAAUAAUGACCCACAUUUGAUUGUGUAUGUUUGUGUGUGUGUACAUAUUUAUCAGAGAUGUAUUAUUUGGUACAAGCAGUGUGCUGCUCUCUAGCUGACAGACAUUUCAAACUGGAUCCUAAACAGGGUUUCACAAAGAUCCCAGCCAGAUCUGUGAGUCAGCCAAACUCAAAGGAGUGGAAAUGGAGAACAUAAUAUCAGAUAUAAUUAAAGGAACCUAUUCCUCUGUGGACUGUGGCACAAAAAAAAACAUCCAUACUUAUCUCUUUUUAUUGGUUAUGAUCUGGUUUGGCAUGUUUUUAGCAUAAUAUUGGUUGGGUUUUUGUAUCUUUCUUCUUUUUUUUUGUCAUUCUGAACUGUAUAAUGAAACUGAAAAUGAUGCCUGUUUGGAGCAUUCUUCCAAUAAAUUCACUGACUUAAUAACACGCACAACAAAGAGACAAAGUGGGACAAUACAAGAUAAUUCAGCUUUAACGAUAUGCAACAGUUUUGUUCAGAUUCAGGUAAAAAAAAUGUCUCUAAUUUGGGCUAAAAAAAACAAAAAAGGGAUUAUGUACGAUUUCUCAAAUGUUCUCAGCCACAUCUUUCCCUGCAAUUCUCUUCUCUGCCUUGUUGUCCUGACUCUAAGUGGGUACUCUGCCUCAUACCUGCAGUACUGCACGGUCAUUGCCAGAAUCAAGACAAAAAAGAUGAUGAAGGUCGCGAUGAAAACGAAGACGAGUGUUUGCCCUUGUGUCGAAGUCAUGUUAAGUUGUCUAUGCACCCCAUUGUAUUUCCUCUUUGCCUUAAACGACCAAAGGAGAAGCAUGCGGGACCACGUGCACUAUACGCCGAAAACAGCUGAGACAAAAACAACACAACAAGUCAACAAUCACAGGUCAAACUCUGUCCAUAUGUAUGUGAUAUAUGCUGUACAUGUAUGUAUUUUAAAAGUUUAAAAAAAAAUGUAGAUUUUACUACCAUGUCAGUAUGUUUCAAGAGCUGCCAUUCUGUAUUUGUAUAAAGUCACUGUAGUCCAAAAUUUAUAAAAAUGUAUCAAAAACGUCAAGAAAAUGAAAAAUAUAUGAAAAAUGUACAAAUAUUUUACUAUUGAAGUUAUUUUUAAUGGUUUUGGAAUAUGAAGUUUGAGUUAUAAGAACUGCAGGUGCAAUAAAGGUUCAAGUAUAUGACAUUUCAAGGAUUAAAAACUGCAAAAUUAACGCUUUAUUUAGAAAUCUAACAAGCCACAUAUUCUCUCUUAAAAGGCACACAUACCUGCAGGUGUUUAGUUAAUAACCUCAGCAAAUGUCAUGUUGAAACAUGAAUAAAUCUCAACGUAAACUAAAGUCAACGGAGCUGUUAAAUGAGGUAAAGAGAAGAGAUUUAUAAGAUAAGUCCUUGUUCAAGCUAAACCAA